AUGGAUUCAACUUUCAUCAGAGUCUGCCUCCUCUUCAUCACCAUCAGCACUGCAGAUGGAUUCAAGGAAUAUUAUUUGUGGAACUGUGAGUUUAACUCCAGUAAACCGGAGGACAUCGAGUUCAUCCACUCCAACUAUUACAACAAGUUGGAGCUCACCAGGUUCACCAGCAGUUCAGGGAAGUUUGUUGGCUACACGGAGUUUGGAGUGAAGCAGGCGAACUACUUCAACAAUAAUCCUACGAUCAUGAGCGGGUGGAGGACUGCGAAGGAGAGAUACUGUGUUCACAACAUUGGUCUCUGGUACAGCAACAUUCUGGAUAAAUCAGAGGAGCCGAAGGUCAAACUGCGCUCCACGGCGCCCCCUCCUGGCCAGCACCCCGCCAUGCUGGUCUGCAGCGCCUACAACUUCUACCCCAAGAACAUCAAGAUGACCUGGUUCAGAGACGGACAGGAGGUCAAAGCCUCCGUCAGCUACACUGAUGAGCUGGCAGGGGGUAACUGGUACUACCAGUACCACUCCCACCUGGAGUACACGCCCCGGUCUGGUGAGAAGAUCUCCUGUGUGGUCCACCACGUCAGCCUGAAAGAAGCUCUGAAAAUUGACUGGGAUCCGUCCAUGCCUGACUCUGAGAGAAACAAGAUCGCCAUCGGAGCUUCAGGGCUGGUCCUGGGUCUGGUCUUGUCUCUGGCUGGAUUCAUCUACUACAAGAGGAAGGCCCGAGGACGUAUUCUGGUUCCCUCUGACCUCUGAGCUCCGAUCCUGGUCCUGGUCCUGGUCCUGGUCCAGGUCCUGGUCCAGCUGCUGCUUGAACCUGCUUCCUGUUUCCAGCUCAACCAUCUGGACCGGUCUAAACCUGAUCUGGGACUGUGAGCACGUCUGAACCUGGUCCAGAACUCUGGUGCAGGACUGGCAGCGGUCCUGGUCCUGGAUCAGGUCUGAUGUGGACUCUGGUGUGUGGGCUGCUCGUUAGGGAAACUGAUCCAGUUUGGUUUCACUCUGUAAUCUGCCUCCAAUCACAUGCACUCGUCUCUGAUUCACAGCUCUGAUCCGCCUUCAGGCACUUUUACUGGAAUUUACUCUGAAUCUCAAUAAACUUGAAGAAACCG